AACCUUUUCUUCCUUGUCUUAUAAAACCUAUCUAAAGCCUUUUCAUUUUUUUAGCCGGUGUAUAUUCCUUUUGAGUCAGUUCAAGGCAAAUCCUAUAUCAUUCAUUAUUCCUUCCUUCUUUCUUUCUUGCUUCCGACCGGGAAAACUAAGGAACCCAGUUCAUAAAACCUGUCUGAAUAAUUGACAUCCCAACUCAAAAGAUUCAAUUUAAAAAAAAAAAGAUUCGAUCUUUUCUACACAUAAUUGAAGAAAGAGGAAAGAGAGAGAGAGAGAGAGAACACAAAGUGGACGAACAAGAACGAUGAGAGCUGGUCUAAGCACGAUCCAACAGACUCUAACCCCCGAGGCUGCCACCGUUUUAAACCAAUCAAUCUCAGAAGCGGCGCGUCGCAACCACGGCCAAACCACACCGCUACAUGUCGCAGCCACUCUUCUCGCUUCUUCCUCAGGUUUCCUCCGGCGAGCCUGUAUCCGAUCCCAUCCCAACUCCUCCCACCCGCUCCAGUGUCGAGCCCUCGAGCUCUGCUUCAGCGUCGCCUUAGAGCGUCUCCCCACCGCGACGACGACUCCGGCGAACGAUCCUCCGAUCUCGAACGCGCUCAUGGCGGCGCUAAAGCGAGCGCAAGCUCAUCAACGCCGUGGAUGCCCGGAGCAGCAGCAGCAGCCGUUGUUGGCGGUGAAAGUGGAGCUGGAGCAGCUGAUUAUAUCGAUAUUGGAUGAUCCGAGUGUGAGCCGGGUUAUGCGAGAAGCUAGCUUCUCUAGUCCCGCCGUUAAAGCCGCAAUAGAACAGUCGCUGAGUAAUAAUAAUAAUAAUAGUCCCUCCAAUACGACGCCGGUUCCGAGCGUUUCAUCAGUCGGGUUAAAUUUCCGACCCGGUGGAGGAGGAGGUCCGAUGACCCGGAACACUUAUCUUAAUCCACGGUUGCAGCAGAACGGCCCCGCGACGGCGCAACAAACAGGGGUUAUUAAUAAGAGCGAUGACGUGGAGCGGGUGAUGGAUAUACUGGGUCGUGGGAAGAAGAAAAACCCGGUUUUAGUCGGGGAUUCGGAGCCGGGUCGGGUAAUUAAAGAGAUCCUUAAGAGAAUUGAAUCCGGAGAAGCGGCGGUUAAGAACUCAAAGGUUGUUCACUUCGAGGAGAUCGGUUCGGAUAAGGAGGAGAGAAUCAAGAAGCUAGACGGGUUGCUCGAGACCCGGAUAAAUAAUUCGGAUCCUGGAGCUGGAGGAGUGAUUCUCAAUCUCGGAGACUUGAAAUGGCUCGUGGAGCAACCGCAACCGAUGGCGGUUGAGGUAGGGAGGACGGCGGUGGCGGAGCUGCGGAGGCUUUUGGAGAAGUUCCAAGGAAGGCUCUGGUUUAUCGGAACCGCCACGUGCGAGACUUAUCUACGAUGCCAAGUCUAUCAUCCGUCAAUGGAGAAUGAUUGGGAUCUGCAAGCUGUGUCGGUGGCUGCUAAAGCUCCGGCGUCCGGAGCUUUCCCAAGGCUUGCGAACAAUUUGGGAUCGUUCACGCCGUUAAAGAGCUUCGUGCCUGGGAGCAUGACGACAUCGAAAUGUUGUCCGGAGUGUUCGAAGAGUUGCGAGCGAGAGCUGUCUGAAACUGAGUCAGUGCCUCAAGAGGUUAAGACAGAAGUCGCUCAGACUAAACAGUUGCCACAAUGGCUGUUGAAUGCUAAACCGGUUGAUCGUGUACCGGCAAAGAUUGAAGAAGUGAAGAAGAAAUGGAAUGAUGCGUGUGUGCGUCUUCAUCCUAGCUUUCAUAACAAGAACGAGAGGAUCGUUCCCAUUCCGACUCCGACUCCGACUCCUAUACCGUUGACAACAAGCUCUUACGGUCCCAACAUGCUUCUCCGUCAGCCGUUACAGCAAAAGUUCCAGCCGAACAGAGAGUUGCGUGAAAGGGUACACUUGAAACCUAUGACCCCUUUGGUGACAGAACAAGCCAAGAAGAAGAGUCCUCCCGGGAGUCCGGUUCAGACCGAUCUUGUUCUUGGACGAACAGAGGAUUCGGAUACGCGAGUGAGAGACUUCCUCGGCUGCAUAUCGUCUGAAUCAGUACAGAACAACAACGAUAAGAUCAGUGUUCUGCAGAACUCUUUAGACAUUGAUUUGUUCAAGAAGCUUCUAAAGGGAAUGACGGAGAAAGUCUGGUGGCAGCACGACGCAGCCUCUGCCGUCGCCGCCACGGUUAGUCAAUGCAAGCUAGGGGGAGGGAAACGACGCGGCGUGGUAUCAAAAGGAGACGUGUGGCUACUCUUCUCAGGGCCAGACAGAGUUGGUAAGAGAAAAAUGGUGUCGGCUCUGUCUUCUCUAGUAUACGGAACCAGUCCUAUAAUGAUCUCACUCGGGUCGAGACAAGAACCUGGUGGAGUCCGUGGUAAGACCGUGCUGGACAGGAUUGCGGAAACCGUUAAGAGGAGUCCCUUCUCCGUUAUCUUGCUUGAAGAUAUCGACGAAGCGGAUAUGUUGUUGCGUGGAAGUAUAAAACGAGCCAUGGAUAGAGGGAGAAUCUCUGAUUCGCACGGACGUGAGAUCAGUUUAGGUAAUGUGAUCUUUGUUAUGACAGCGAGCUGGCAUCGUUCUUCGGGGACGAAAGCGUGUUUCUCAGACGACGAGGCGAAGCUGAGAGAUUUGGCUGGUGAAAGCUGGCGGUUGAGGUUGUGUAUGCGUGGCAAACGUCGAGCGAGCUGGCUGAGUAGUGGUGUUGAAGAGAGGUUGACUAAACCGAAGAAAGAACAUGGUUCCGGUUUAACGUUUGAUUUAAACCAAGCUGCUGAUACGGCCGAUGACGGUUCGAACAAUACGAGCGAGCUAACAGAUAACAAUGAUCAAGAAGAGUUUAGCGGGAAGUUAUCUUUGCAAUGUGUUCCGUUUGCGUUUCACGAGCUGGUGAGUCGCGUAGACGAUGCGGUGGCGUUUAGGGCUGUUGAUUUCGGAGCUGUGAGGCAGAGAGUUUCAGAUACGUUGUCGGAGAGGUUCACGACGGUGGUAGGCGAAUCUUUAUCGAUAGAAGUGGAGGAAGAUGUGCUUCAGAGGAUCUUGAGUGGAGUAUGGUUAGGCGAGAUGGAGUUAGAGGAGUGGAUUCAGAAGGCGAUUGUUCCGGUUCUGAGCCAGCUUAAGGCUCGAGUGUCGUCUUCUGGAACUUACGGUGACCGUACAGUUGCUCGGCUUGAGCUAGAUGAAGAUUCUGGUGAACGGAGCGGUGGUGAUUUACUGCCGACUAGUGUUACGUUGGCAGUUUGAGGAAGAAACAGAGAUGGAGUUUUUGUUAUUAAUUGUGGAAGGGUAGAGAAGUAAAUAUGUCUCAACUGGUUUUGGCGGGGGGAGGUAAAACGGUUAGAGGUAAAAACAGUAUAAAAAGGUGUUUAUAGUUUUUUUGUUCUUUUUAUUUACUUAUAGUUUUUGUGUUUAUGUACGGUACGGGAGGGAUGAUUUAUGUAGCAAUUAUAGAGAUUUAUUUGAUAGAUAAAUAAUGAAGAUUAAUAAAGUUAUAAGUAUUUUUUUGUCAAUUAAAA